UCGGCAACGGUCAUAUUUGAAACCAAGGGUUUUUCUCAUUCACCGCACGCUAUAUAUAUAUACUCAUAUUCGCUUCAUUUCAGCUCAUCAUCACCCCCAUUCCCCCAUCUGAAAACACCGUCUGAAAACCUAGCUCCACCACCGGCGCCGCCGCCAUCUUCCAGAAGACGGUAAUCGUAAAUCCCCCCCUACCAAUGGAUUUCCACAGCCUUUCAAGGAGAGAAUUGCAGACUCUCUGCAAGAAGAACAAAAUCCCCGCUAACCAAACAAAUGUCGCCAUGGCCGACGCUCUCGCAUCUCUCGAGCUGGUCGAAGGGAUUGAGGAAAUUCUGCACCCAUCGCAAUCUGUAUCAACUCAAUCGACGCUCGAGUCGUAUGAAAUGUCGGAUUUGACAUCUCCGUACGUGCCUGCAACUGGUGGAAGGAGUACUCGCCGGAAGAAUAUUCCCAAAGACGAGCUCGGAUCUGUGAAUCCGGCGACCAGGACUCGUCAAACAGCUCGGAAGAAUCUGGGUAAAGAUAGCAACGAAUCUCAGGCGGAUGCAAUUGAAACCCCAGCGUUGAUUGCGCAGAGUAAUAGAAACAAGGGUAAGAUGGCCUCCGUCUGCCGGAAAAUGGAUUCGCAGCUGAAGGAGUGUGCAGAGGAGGAGGAGAAGAAGAAGGAGGUUAAUUUGAUGACCCCUGCUCCGCUGGGCGCCGCUAGCCGGAGAAGACGAGUGGAGGAGACUGUGGUGAAGCAUGCGUACAGCACAAGGAGAUCUGUGAGGUUGGCUGAGAAAACUGUGGAGAAGCUGCAUAAGGUGGAGAAUGAUGAGUCUGAGUUUCUCAGGAAGGAAUUGCUCACGGAUGAUGGUGAAAAUGAGGAGAUCGAUUCGAAGGCGGGUGCUGAAGAUAUUAAUGAAAUCUCAGGUGUUGUUGAUGCGAUUAUGGAGGAGAACACUGUGUAUGAAGAUAAAUUUGAAUUUGUUUCAGCUGAAGACACUGUUCUGCCACUGAAUCUGACCAAUGAAGUUCAACAAAAUGAUGUUGAGAAAACAGAAGAACUGAAUACUGAGAUGGAAGCACAAUCUGAAUACGAGGAUGCCGAUUUUGUUGAAAACGUCAUCCUUGAAAGUAAAGAUAAUUUUACCGUGGAUGAUUUUUCUUCCAACACUCAAGAUGAGAUUGAGAUUGAGAAAGAAGUUUACCAUGACCAAGAUGUGGAGACUGAAUUAUCUCCAGAUUUCAAUAUGACCUUGGUCAAAUUUACAGAGCUUCAAUUGCAAAAAGCAACCAAAGAAGUGUCUCCUGCUGUGGCUGAUGCUGUACAGACCAACAAAGUCGAGCCCGAUGAAAUUGAAGUUCCUCAACUUGAAGAAAGAGAGAAAGCUGCUGAAUCGGCUAUUCCAGCACAGCUCAACAAAGAUGUACCUGAUGAAAUUGAAGUUCCUCAACUUGAAGAAAGCGAAAAAGAUGCUGAUAUGGUGCCACAAGAUGCUCAAUGUGUAGAUGGUGCAGAAGAUGUUGUCCACUCAGCUACUGUGGAUAUGAAUGCUGAUUUCCCUGAAAAGACCUCUACAGCAAUGAAAAUGGAGGAGGAGAACAUCGGCAGCGGUGUCACUAAACUGGUUGUUAUGCAAGAUGGAGCAAAGGUAGCUAAAAAAGUUGUUGCGAGCGAAGAUGAUUUGGCUGAGCUAAGUGUGAGAAAGCUCGGUAAGAUGUUGAAGAAUAAACUACAGAUCACGAAUAAAUCGAGCAAAAAUGCGGAUGGCAAAGAGGCACUUUCAAGAACAGCUCUGCAAGCACUUCCCGAGAAUCAAUUGGUGGAUUGAACCAAAAUACGAGAGCUCGUUGAAUGAAGAAAAUAUACAGCUGAAAAUGCAUCUAGUUUCUGUUUCUCAGAUGGAUUUCUGAACCUUCUUGGUUUGCUCCUCUGAAGAUUAAAGAAUUUUUGAACUCUCUGUUGAGAAUUUUUGUUGUCUUUUAAAUAAUGUUGGAUGAUAGUUUUGUGCUGUGUCUAUUAAAUACCAUGUUAUCUCUUUGGUAUUAAUAGCAUUGCUCGUGAGCAUGUAAUUCCCCCCCGAAACAUAGUUUUUCAUGGCUUAAUUUUGAUUGCUACUACUCGUGAACUCCCUUAAUGGAUGAAUGAUGAAUCUUCUUAUAUAAUCCAUGGUUUUUGUGUA